UAAAAUGGGAUCCAUAGCUCCUUUAACUUCUCUUGUUACUCAAUCUUCCAAUGAUACUCGAGAAAAAAUGUUGAGCAGACGCAGUAAAUUCUUUGAAGACUGUCAAGCCAAAUUAGUCGAUCAACUCAAGACAUUAAACGAUCAGUUACAACAAGAAAAGGUCCUUCGCGCCUCUGUUGAAUCUCAAUUAACUACAGCCAAAGAAACCAAUCAAAAGCUACGUGGCGAUAUCAAACAGGUCCAGAGUCAACUGUACGAAUCGACCAAACCCAUUCGAGUGACAGAUGAUGAUUUCUCGACCAUCAUUGCUCAGCUCGGUAAAUUCUCGGGCAAAGUCAAUAAUUUUCCACCCAAUGUCAAAUCGCAUUUCACAAACAAGUCCAAAGAAGAACUAUCUCGUUUCUUUUGCGAGCUAUGGGAUCAAGACCGUGUUCAGAUUCAAGCUUUGUUUGAAGAAAAAAUGGAUUAUGGAUUGGUCUCUGUGUUGGUUGAACGUUAUCUGAUUGAUAAGAUAGUUAAGCAUGUCUUGUGUCCUAAAUCCAUUCAUUUAGAUACAGAGAUCAACAAGGCGUUCCAUCAAAUUGUGGAUGUCUAUGUAAAAACACAGCACCAAGACUGGAUUAAAGAUCUCAGACUCAAGACAGCCAAAGCAACAGCGGAACUCAUUCAGAAAAAAGAUCCGGGCACAAUCAAAGCAAUUGACCAGGCCAAAACAGCGCUUGUACAAGACAUGCUCAACACGCUGUCUUUUAUUUACGAUACAACUCAAAGCGAUAUUCAACAACGAUUAGAAAAACUAGUGGACAUGGCUUCUGAUCUUUGUCUGCCUAUGCAUGGUCAAGAAGAUGUGAUUGAAAUCUACUAUUUAAAGACAAAAGAUCCUGUUAAACAAAGCCAAGUCAAACAUGUCUAUCGUCAUUUAAAUCAACAAGACAUCUUUCUAUCUAUUUCACCUGUCUUUUUAGCCAAGAGUACAGUAGAAGCAGAAGAUGAAGUCAAUCCAGAUACUUAUUUAGAGAAUCAUACGUUGGUUUAUCCAGGAAAAGCAAUAUGGUGAAUGAGGGGGUUUUUUUUUAUUAUGAUACAGCGAAUAAAUUAUAA